AUGGAUUUCCUGAAGAAUAAAGAUGCCUCAUUUGCGGCGGCGAAGGCAAUGUUUGAAGCUGCCAAACGACCGGAAGUACGAGCGGCAGCGGUUACGGCAUCGAAAAACCCGAUGGUUAGAAAUGUUGCGAAAUCUGCCGCGCAAGACCCAAAUACCCGGCAAAUGGUGAUGGAGACAUUAAUGCGUCAGCAAGCUGAACAACAAAAUUUGAAUCCAGUCCGACCUGCUCCACCUCCGAAAGUUACCAAUGAACCUCCACCGCCGGUACCGCGACACGGAGUCGCUACAACUUCCGCUCCUCCACCUCCCGCUGCCAAGCCAACACCACCUAAACCCGGCUGGAAAACGGCGAAUACAGACAAUGAACGAGCAGUGACCGACUUUGACCUGGCUCCUGCGCUUCCGGCUUAUAAUUCGACUCCCAAAGCCGCUUCCGGAAACUUCUCAUCAGCCGGCUUCACACCCUCCCAACCUUUCGUGUACCCAAACAUUGUCCAAGAGCUCAACGAUCUACAUUUGCAGAAGACGAACUCACCAAGUCGACCACCACCUCCAGCUUCUUCUACCUAUUCACCUUCUGUGGAAAAGGACCCUCACGCCAUUGUUUUAUACGAUUACACCACAAACCAAUCGGACGAACUCCAAUGCUCCACAGGCGAUAAAGUUUUGCUGAAGCGAGAAGUCGACUCCCAAUGGGUUUACGGAGCAAACCUAACGACGGGUAAACACGGAAUGAUUCCUUAUUCUUUCCUGGACAUCAAAAUUCCAUUGCCAAAUAUGGGAACGACAGCUAAUGUCGUCUCUGCACUUCAUGAUUAUUCUACGGGGUAUGAUGGGGACCUAGAGUUUAUUGCCGGCGAGCGUAUUGAAGUCCUGGAGUGGGUAGAUGACCAGUGGUUGAAGGGGAAGAUUGGAGGGAGGACCGGGAUGUUCCCUGCGAAUUUUGUGGAUACUAGUAACUUGACGAUCUCCAAGCCAGCCUUGAGCCAACCAAGCGCUGAAGCGGCCAUCGGAAGCGCGUCGGUACAGUAUGAUUAUCAAACUGGGGUCGAAGGAGACUUGGCCUGCUAUGCCGGCGAUACGAUCGAAAUUCUCGAGAGGAUGGGCUCCGACUGGGUGAUGGGCCGACUCAACGGCCGUAAGGGAAUGGUGCCGACAAACUUCCUAAACGAGGGCGGCUCGGCUGCUGCGUCGGACUUUGUGGAGCGGGAGAUGACUUUAAUUGCCGAUUAUCCCUCCACGGAGCCGGGCCAUUUGAACCUUUCGAAGGGAGAUCGGGUCAAAAUUGUUGAAGAUGUAGAUGAUUACUGGUAUAAGGCGAAGCCGCUCGACUCCGUUUUCCGGUUUAUGGAGCCGGGCUUUGUGCCGAAGAGCUGUGUGCAA